AAAUCGCGUAUUGCGAUCGACUCUGAUCCAAGAUGGCGGAACGUAUGGAAGUGUAGUAAAGCGCCCUGUUUUUCGGCACAUUUGGCCAGUUCCAGCAACCGUAACGAUCGCCGUUGCUGUCCAUCGUCUGCUUUAGGUUACCCAACAAUGACGGCAGGAACCAGUUUAGUAGUACCGAUCGUACUGUGGGGUAGGAUCGCUCCGACCCAUUGUAUAUCCUGCAUCUACCUAUCUCGUGAUCAGAAGACCUUAGUGACGGGAUGCUACGACGGUCAGAUUUGUCUAUGGCAAGUCGAUCCGGAAACUUUAAAGAUGACGCCAAGAUGUUUGCUUAUUGGGCAUACUGCACCCGUUAUGUGCCUUAGCCGGGCUAGCGUCAUCAUGGAACAAAAUUAUAUCGUCAGCAGCAGCGAGAGCGGCGAAAUGUGCACUUGGGACUUAGUUGAUGGAAAGUGCCGAGAAGCUGUGAAACUUAAUAACAUUCACACACAAAUGUUACCAUACGUCUCUGCCGGCGGAGAGGAUGUCAGACUAUUUUGUUCCGGGUAUUAUCCAGAAGUACUGGUGAUGGACCCCUUCAGUUUGGAAGUAUUGUUUACCCUCAGCUCUCGUGUUAAUCCAGACUGGAUCAGCGCACUGCACGUGUUACGGCCGGCCAAACGGAAAGGUCGGUUCUACGUGCACACAAACGAUGUGGUGUUGGCUCUGACUACUACGGGGACCGUCAAGGUGUGGACAUUGUUGGGACAUGAGAACCGUAACAGCGAACCACUGUACGAGCACGAAAGUAAGCAGAUCAGGUGUCUCAACGCACUGGCCAUGACUUGCUGCCCUUACAAUCAACGAACAGUACUCAUCGUCUGUUCUAAAUAUUGGCAGAUUUUUGAUGCCGGAGACUUUUCAGUCCUGUGCUCCGUAACUGCUCCUAGAGGGGAACGGUGGAUGGCUGGUGAUUUUCUAGCUGCCGAUAGAGUUAUUCUGUGGAGUGACGAAGGCCAUGGGUACCUCUAUAAAUUACCAGCCAAGGUUCUGGUACAUCUUGACAGCAGCGUCGCAGACAACAAGGACUUCCAUACACUGUCUGCAGAAUACGAUCAACCGUACUUGUACUGUACCCUGACACAACCGGGAGACAAGCCACUGUCAUGUCCUCCAGCGAUGAGGUUAGUUACGGUGCAACGUCAAAACAAGACCUUGAAGUACUUGCUGAGAGGAGACAGCGAGGGUGUUGUUGUUCUCUGGACGGUACCGGAGGUGACAUCCCAACAGCUUGCACAGAUUACUCAAAACGAUGGUUCGAUCCCUCCGGCUCUUCCACCUACAGUGAAAACCAGCUUGGACGAAGCUUGGGAAGUAAUGAAACCUCCACCUGUUGGGAUCCUGGAUCAGUUAGACUCGGGGGAUGGUUAUGGGAUUAAACUGACAGCAAGCAUUUACCUACCCCAACAAAGUCGUCUAGUAGUUGGCAGAGAAGAUGGCAGCAUCAUAAUUGUGCCGGCUACUCAGACCGUCAUGUUGCAGCUACUCCAUGGAAAUCAUCAGCAAUACGAUGAUUGGCCGCCACAUCAGGUUCUAUUAGGUCACUCGGGUCGAGUAAAUUGCUUGCUGUAUCCUCACGGUGCAGCUCAAAGAUACGAGAAGCAACAUCUCGUUUCUGGUUCGGUCGACUUUGCAGUCUGCCUUUGGGAUUUGUACGCAGGAACCUUGAUCCAUCGAUUCUGUGUACAUGCUGGGGAAAUAACUCAAUUAAUGGUACCACCGGAUAAUUGCAGUCAUAGGAUUCAAAAGUGCGUGUGCGGUGUCGCUUCUGAUCACAGCGUCACGUUGUUGUCCCUGGCGGAAAGGAAGUGCGUUGUACUCGCAUCGAGACACUUGUUUCCGGUUGUGACAAUUAAAUGGAGACCUCUAGACGACUUCAUGAUAGUUGGGUGCUCCGAUGGCGCAGUUUAUGUGUGGCAAAUGGAAACGGGACAUCUUGACCGAGUCCUGCAUGGAAUAAUCGCGGAAGAGGUGCUUUAUGCUUGCGACGAAAAUACCAUAGCAGCCAGUGGUGGUUCAGCAGCAGGCGGUGAAUUGGGUCUUGCAAAUCCUGCGGUUCACUUCUUCAGAGGCUUGAGGCACAGAAACCUGUCGGCGAUUCGACAUGCUACUCAGCGAGGCUUGCAUCAGCUGCAACAGUUACAUGGCGGACAUGGUGUUGAGCAUGGCAAUCAAAUCAAAGCCAAAGGUACACCUCUCAUGAUUCAGGGCUUCAGAAGCAACCCCAAGGAUUCGGAGAGCCAUAUAUUAUUUUUCGACAUCGAGGCUCUUAUAGUGCAAUUAUUAAGCGACGAGUAUGGGUCCAUGUCUCCCAAUUCACUGGAAGCGCAAGGCUUAAUCUCUGCCUCGGAAUAUCAAAAAGUCACAAUUCUCACUCAGUCUGCCAGUCUGGAUGCUCACAAGAAAAUUGCAGACUUUUUCGGUCGUGUCAAGGAUAAAGCAGGCGACGUUGAGAGAAUUCUGAAGGAAAAGGACCGCCACGGUAUUUUGGCUAAGAUGAAGGAGGGCGCAGAAAACGUGCAAACUAAGUUGCAGGCCAAAGCGGAAAGCGUUGGCCUCAAGCCUUCGACUCUCGAUGGCAAAGGUGACAACUGUAACAAUAACGAUGCUCCGAGAAACAGUCUGAAGAGAAAUGGUGCAUUUAGCGAGCCUAAUGCAACGAUGGAGGUUGCUCAAUUGCUUCUGAGUCUUCUUCAUGCUUGGGGAAUGGAUCCAGAUUUGGACAGAGUUUGCGAAGGGAAGCUGGGCUUGCUGCGACCCAUGGUACCGGUGUCCUUCGGAGUGCUGUCGAAGGGAGGUUACAUGUCUCUGCUGUUUCCGACUUGGCAGACACAGUUGGAGCCUCUUGCUGAACCAGCUACCCAGUUGGAACAACGUCUACCAGCAGAAUUGGUUCGCAGAGACCGGCUUACCAGAGCUUUCACAUCGAGAGCCCAUUGGGAACUCUCAACCACUCUGACAAGCAACCAUCUACUCGCAGUGGUGGCUCUGGCCAAUACAUUAAUGUCAAUGAACAAUGCCACUUUUGUUCCGGAGCAAGAAAGGAAUCGUAAGAUGCACAGACCAGGCAACAGAGCUGCAGUUAAUUGGAACAAAGCUGAAGAGGAGAACGAAGAAAUCUACACGGUCCAGCAAGCCCAGAUUAAACAGGGUUGGUCCCUCCUGGCAACGUUACACUGCGUGCUUCUUCCGGACAAGGUCGCAGCACUAGGUGGAGUUAAGACAUUCAAAAGACCCCAGGUGGAAAUGAUGGCACGCAGGUGGCAGCAUCAGUGCCUUGAGGUGCGAGAGGCAGCCCAGGCCUUGCUACUAGCCGAGUUGGGCAGGAUGGGUCCAAAAGGUAGAAAAGCACUGGUCGACAAUUGGUCCCAGUACUUGCCGAUGUACAGCACGCAAGAGCCGAUUGCCCCGCAGCCGCAGAAUCAGAGUCCACCCCCAGGAAGUCCCGUACCUCCUGGGGAACCCCAGCCUGAAGAGGAAGACGAGGAAGAGGAGCUGGCGGAAGAAUUGAGUAUAGCCAGGAAACCGUCAAGCGUUGCCGAGCUGAAGAGGAAGCAGACCACGGCGGUCGUCUUGCUGGGGGUAAUCGGGGCAGAGUUUGGCCAGGAUGUCACCACGGCGAGCCAGAAAAGAGACAACGAACAGCGAAGGAAGAGCUCGGUGGUCGAGGGUUUCGGGAUAGGAAACAAUAACCUUGCGAGACACACUAGCAUGGCUCUUACUCAUCUUCUCCAUGCUCCGCACUCUCCGAAAUUACCAAUGCACACGUCUUUGAGGCGAGCUGCCAUCGACCUGAUCGGUCGUGGAUUUACCGUCUGGGAACCCUAUCUCGACGUUUCCAAGGUCCUCCUAGGUCUUCUGGAAAUGUGCUGUGACGCGGAUAAGCUGGUCCCAAGCAUGACUUACGGUCUGCCUUUGACUCCGCAAGCGGAUACUUGCAGAACGGCUCGGCAUGCCUUAACUCUGAUCGCAACCGCCAGACCCGCCGCAUUCAUAACCACGAUGGCUCGAGAAGUCGCCAGGUACAACACCCUGCAACAAAAUGCCCAAACCCUGAACGUCAAUUUAGGCGCCAGCGUGCUAGCCCGGGCAAAACCGGAAAUCCUGAGAAUCGUCGAACAGCUGAUCGACAAGAUGCAGAGCGAGAUGAGCGACCUCCUCGUAGAGGUAAUGGACAUUAUCCUACAUUGUCUGGAUCCUGGACACUUGAAGGCCAAGCCUCUGGGCGACGUCUUCCCGGCUGUCUGCAGGUUCAACCAGGUUAGUCAUUGUCCAGCGACGAGAAGGAUAGCGGUUGGAGGUCGAGGAGGCCAAUUGGCUCUUUACGAGUUACGUGGUAAUGUCAAAUGCCAAACUGUAACCGCACAUCAAGCGCCAGUGACCGCUCUGGCCUUCUCACCGGAAGGGAAGUUCCUCGUCAGCUAUUCCUGCUCCGAAAAUAAGCUAUGCUUCUGGCAGCAAACCAGCAGCGGUAUGUUCGGUCUGGGGAAUUCGCAGACCCGUUGCGUCAAAUCCUACAGCACAGCUCCUAUAAACGACGUGGCUCGUCUGAAUCCUAUGCGUCUAGCUCGCCUGAUCUGGAUCAAUAAUCGGACCGUCACUUUGAUGCUAGCUGACGGAUCGGAGACUCGUUUCAACGUCUGAAGAGCUGACCUCAAAGAUCUCAACCAAAACCAUCGUCCUAUCGUCGUUCCACCGGUUGAUAGUCAUAAUUUGUCAUCACCCAGAGUCCUGUUGAGAGCAUAACAUUCUAGAGGGUUCCACGUCUCGUUGCGAGUCCCAAGAUGGCGAGAACCUCCAUAAAGAAUGAACAGAAGCCUGUUAAAAAAAAAUCGACAUUUAGAUCUUAUCUCGCAGUCCUGGUAUAGAGGAGCUUCAAGGUCCAUCCGGAAACUUCCUGGCGGUUCUUGCGUCCUCUUGGGGCACCUCUUCAAGAACCGGAAAUGCACUUAUAUUGUCUGGAACCGAAUGCAGGAUCGCGUUACCAUAUAAGUCUAGUUAUCGAGUACAAAGGCGCGACGUUCUCUUAUCCCGGCGAGGAAGAUUUACGGACAUUGAUAACGCCAUUAGCUAAAUCUCUAGACCGUUUAUACGCUCGGCAGGCCGAUCGUAUUUAGGAGAACUCAGGGAAAGCCAAUGUCGAUUUUCAAGCGAGUCUCCCAUAAGAAAUUAAUUUUCUUUGAAUUCUUAUCGAGGAGCGACAUUUCGGUCAAGGGUCCGCGAAACGGUGCUUCGUCUCCGUGAAACUCCCAACGGCGUCGACAAAUGGAAUUGAAUUUUGAAAGUAUUUGCGCUGUAUUGAGAGGCGACUCGAAUUUCAGACAAAACAUCGUCCUAGAUGUGAACGUCGCGGUGGGGGUCUUUAAGGUGAAGUGAAACAUCUUUCAAAUCAGUCGAUUCGAAUACAACACUUUUUUUUUAAGGGUAAAAGACCAAACUGUCCGAAACUUUGACACGUCACUCCUG